AUGGCUCCCUUCGACGAAUGUCGGAGAGCCGAGGAGUCGGGCGACCUGAUCAAGUCUCCGUCGCCGCCGCCCAGCCACGACGGCUCGGCGAGCGGCGAGGGCGAGGGCGAGGCGAGCGGCGACGAGCGCGCGUCGCCGGGCAGCUCGCGCCGCGCCGCGCCGCCUGCCGCCGCGCACCCCGCCGCCGUGCUGGUGAGCCUGCUGGCCGCCGCCGCGCCCGCGCGCGCCGACGCUGACUCACCGUGUGGCUUGUUGCAGAGCGCGGCGGGCGCGGGCAGCGCGCUGGCGCAGCUGCAGCACCUCCUGCUGACGCAGCACGGCGCGCACUCGCUGCUGCUGCACACGCAGGUGCAGCAGGCGGUGGCGCAGGCGGCCGCGCAGCAGCUGCAGCAGCUGCAGGCGCGCGCGCACGCGCCGCCCGCGCUCGGCGCCGCGCGCUCGCCCUCGCCGCGCAGCCCGCCCGGCGCCGCCGCUUUCCUCACGCCGCACACGCCGGGUCCGGGCCGCGCGCGCUCGCCGCCCGCGCUCCACUCGCCGCUGCACGCGCACGCGCACAAGCCGCGCGCGCUGGACCCGGCCGACGACACGGCCGACCUCGAGGAGCUCGAGCACUUCGCCAAGACCUUCAAGCAGCGCCGCAUCAAGCUCGGCUUCACGCAGGGCGACGUGGGGCUGGCCAUGGGCAAGCUGUACGGCAACGACUUCUCGCAGACGACCAUCUCGCGCUUCGAGGCGCUCAACCUGAGCUUCAAGAACAUGUGCAAGCUGAAGCCGCUGCUGCAGAAGUGGCUGGAGGACGCCGACUCGUCGCUGAGCGGCGGCGGCGCGGGCGGCGCGGGCGGCGGCGCGGCGCUGGCGGAGGCGGUGGGGCGGCGCCGCAAGAAGCGCACCAGCAUCGAGAGCGGCGUGCGCGUGGCGCUGGAGAAGGCCUUCCUGCGCAACCCCAAGCCCACCAGUGAGGAGAUCGCCGCGCUGGCCGACUCGCUGUGCAUGGAGAAGGAGGUGGUGCGCGUGUGGUUCUGCAACCGGCGCCAGAAGGAGAAGCGCAUCAACCCGCCGGCGGGCGAGGCGUGCGGCGCGUCGUCGCCGGGCGCGGGCGCGCUGCUGCCGCUGCCGCACGGCUUGCCGCACGCGCUGCCGCACCCGCACCCGCACCCGCACGCGCUGCCGCACGCGCACCCGCACGCGCACCCGCACGCGCACGCGCACGCCGCGCUGCAGGCCGCCGCGCUGCAGCCGCUGGCGCUGCUGGCGCGCGCGCCGCGCGACUGACCGCAACAUAUCCUGUAAAUAGUGGCGCCAGUCGCCCAGACUCUUAGUGUACAUAUGCGUAGCGUAGGUUACUAGUGGACCCCGCGCGCCGCGCCCGCGCCGCCAGGGCAGCUCGCCGCGCCGCGCGGACCCGCAGCGCGACUCGACACGUCUCGGUGAACGGUCGCCGAACGAGUGGCACUGAGACUCAGUACUCGUAUUCUAAAAUCAUAAUAUUAGGUGCAUUCUAUAGAGAUUAAGAAGGAAUUCGAUUCCCAUUAGAAAAAAUCCGAUGUAAAAAGUACAAAGCUCGCGCUCCGGGUCCCGCGCGCUCGGCCGCCGCCCCCGCCCGCCCCCCGGCACGCGCGGGCGCCGCGCUCGCGGCUGUAAGUUAUAUUAUAAUGUGAAUGAAUUUUAUUUAUGUGAGGCGCGCCCCGGCCGCCGUGUACAGAACCCAUAUCACUUAGCGCUUAACGCGUACGUAAGGUGGAUGUGUAGAACUAUCUAUAUGUUACAAUAAAACAUGAUAGAUGACUC